CGCGAACGCCAUCGCAGCUAGAUGGCAUGGCUUUGGAGGCCGAGCAUAUGAGCCGCAGCAAAGGUGUCAAUUUUAUAAACCAGGUAGGAAUCAUGCUGAAGCUACCGCAACUUACGCUCGCGACGGCCGCCGUUUAUUUGCACCGGUUCUAUAUGCGACACAGUAUGGUCGACUUGCCGCAACGACCGGGCAUUCAUCCCUACACGACAGCCGCAGCGGCUCUGUUUCUGGCUACAAAGGUGGAGGAGAAUGUACGGCGGAUGAAAGAGUUGGUGGUAGCAUGCUGCCGGGUGGGACAGAAGCAGCCAAACAUGGUGGUGGAUGAACAGUCUAAGGAAUUUUGGCGCUGGCGCGAUACCAUUCUGGUGCACGAAGACGUUCUAUUGGAAGCGCUGUGUUUCGAUCUACAGCUUGAGCAACCGUAUCGCAUCCUCUAUGACUUCAUCUGCUUCUUCCGCAUGCAAGACAACAAGCCGCUCCGUAACGUCGCAUGGGCCUUCGUCAACGACUCCGGAUACACGGUGCUAUGCCUGCAGUUUACCGCCCGCAUCAUUGCGGCCGCCGCACUAUACGCGGCGGCCCAGCACUGUGACAUUGGGUUUGAAGACGAUGUGCUGGGCCGGCCGUGGUGGGAACAGCUUGAGGUGGACUUGACCCAGGUGCGUCGCGCGUGUAUGCGCAUGGCAAAGCUGUAUGAAAACAACGCCGCGCAUCGGAACGGCCUGUACUACUUGACCAACCCCAUCAGCACAGACGAGGGUACUGAGAAGACCAGGAUCCCGCGCGUGGAUGGCCCGGCCGACAACACGAUGCGUCCGAUCGAUUCCGGGCGUGAGGCGGACGCCGUCAACGGUCGGAAGCGCUCGCGGGACCCCGACGAUGAGACGAAGCCUCCACGCCCUUUGGCCGACUCGAUGCCCCCGUCAGAGGCAGGGCCAGCGACGCCGAACGGGGCUCCAUCCCCAAAACGACCCCGGAGGGACUCAUUAGGAGCAUCGACUGACCGAGUCCCGUCGUCGCGUAUUCCCAAGGCGCCUCUCCCCAGCGGCGGACCGGCCUUUUCCCACGACCGCCCUUCUGCGAACGGGCACGCUCCCCCGGCACCUCAUUCGCACCCGUACCCUGCGACUAGACAUCCACAUCCCUUACCACCGCCUCCCCGGCCUUACCCUCGACGGGACAGCAGCAGUCGGCCCGGGGGUGGGCCUCCGGGGCUGCCUGUCGAUCCGAUUCAGCAACGGAUCGACGAGAUCGUGCAACAGAACAUGCCCUCUCAGAGUGGUGGGCCCGGCAGGGUGGAGCGACGGCCUCAGGAACGGCAUCGGGGCGAUUGGGAGGCCGAAGCUGACUCAGGGCGACGACGACGACCGUCCAUGUCCACAGGAGGCCUGCCACCGUCGCAGGAGGAUGCUCAUCCACAUCCACCACCUCAGCAUCUCCCGCCGCCGCCACCCCCGGAAGAGGAACCCCGUCCGCCGUCGCAGCCUGAGCCGCCUCAGGCCCCGGAACCGGAGGACGAGGGAGGUGGCAGCGAAGAGGGCGAGCUAUGAGGGUUUCACCUUUGAAUGGGGAGACGAACGAGUCCAUUCAUGAAUGAUGGACCUGACACCUACAUACAUAACUAUUUCGGCCGAAGGCGUCGGAAGGUCCACCCGACACAUUCCUCAUUACCCUCCGAUGGGGUCUGGGAAGCCGAGCGAAUCUGCAAGGGCGCGCACCCCCACAGAGUGUGAGAGACACACGGAGACAAGCACACGGAGAGAGACUAGUGGACGGUGAUGAAAUGAAACAAUGGCACAGAUGGGGAAUUAUAAGGAGGAAGAAUUGAGCCCCGAAGAAACACGCCAGAUCUGUAGUUAAUCUAUAUCUUCUACUGUUGAAUUUAGAGCGAUCAUCAUGGACAGAAGCCCUUGAUCACAAUUUCCAUCUCCGCAGGGGCUGCAGGACUGAAC